AGAACGGCUUGUUCCGAGUGCGGGGCUUGGGGCCGACAGGCGUAUGCUGGAGAGCAGAGAAGGGGCGAAUUCACCAGAGGUGGCAGUAACAGGCCAGCUCGACUCUCCAGUCUCUUUCUCCGAACCUCGCUGAGGUGGUUUCACACCGACUUACUUUCCAUGAUGCACCGGCAAGCACAGGGGUGAAAGGUCACAAAAAUGGCGCUGACCGUCUGUCUUUUACCCCGCUUGCUACUUUCUCGGCCUCUACCGGCCUGGGCCGCCCGCCUCCGGACUCCCGGUUCGGCCGAGGUGAAGCCCCCAUUGUCUGGACGUUGCUGCUUCUGCCGCCGCCGCCUUUGCUCGGGAGCAGCCCCAUUUCCUCGAGUCUCUUGGGCCUCCGCGGCCUUGGCCCUGUCUGCUCGGGGUCCUCAGCGUCCCCUGCUCAGCCCCCUGGAAGUCGCCGCAAGCCUCCCCACUUUCCCUUCCCACCGCCGACGAACCUACAGCACCGAGGAGCAGCCCCAGCAGCGUCAGAAAACCAAAAUGAUCAUUCUGGGGUUCUCCAACCCCAUCAACUGGGUUCGGACUCGAAUUUACUCCUUCCUUAUCUGGGCCUAUUUCGACCAAGAGUUCAGCAUCACAGAGUUCUCAGAAGGAGCGAAACAGGCUUUUGCUCAUGUGUCCAAAUUGCUGUCACAGUGUAAGUUUGAUCUAUUGGAAGAACUUGUCGCCAAAGAGACUCUACAUGUAUUGAAAGAAAAGGUUACUUCACUACCUGACAACCAUAAAAAUGCCCUUGCUGCUGACAUAGAUGAAAUUGUGUACACAUCAACAGGAGACAUCUCCAUUUACUAUGAUGAGAAAGGAAGGAAGUUUGUUAACAUCCUGACGUGCUUUUGGUAUCUAACCAGUGCCAGCAUCCCCAGUGAAGCCAUAAGCGGGGCCCGUGUGUUCCAGGUUAAGUUGGGGGAUCAGAACGUGGAAACUAAACAGCUUCUUAGUGCAAGCUAUGAAUUUCAGAGAGAGUUCACACAAGGAGUGAAGCCUGACUGGAUCAUUGCACGGAUUGAACACCCAAAGUUAUUAGAAUAAUUGUUCUUGGAGACAUCAGCGUAUUGAACUGUUGGCAAUUACUGUGAAAGACUAAGGGAGAAAACAUUUUCAGAGCAAUUGAUCUUCACUUAAUCAAGUUUGUGGAUUACUUUUGUAUUAUUAUAAAAUGUUCCUUGUAGUAAAUAAGCAUGAUACAGUAAAGCAUUUUCCACAGAUUUUCAUCACUUUCUGUAGAAGUCAAAGUAAAAAGAAUUACAACAGCCCAUCACUGGUGUCAUAUUCAGUGUCAUUUCUCAUGUUACAUGUAUAUGUAUAUAUACACAAACUAAUUUUACAGGUAAUAAAGAAGAUAUUGAAAAAAACUACACAUUUCUAAA